AGGCGGAGUCCGCCAAGUUCGUGGAGGAGCAUUUCCGCGAAUUCUUCAGGGACUACAACGGCCUGUUGGAGUCCGAGGACUACGUCACGCAGCGCCAGGCACUCAAGCUCCUCAGCGAGAUGCUGCUGGACAGGACCUUCAUGAGGACCUUCCAGGUGAUGCUGUCUUACAUCGGGGACGAGACAUAUUUGCAGAUACAUAUGAAUCUUCUCCGCGCUGACUCCAAGGCAAUCCAAUUCGAGGCGUUCCACGUGUUCAAAAUUUUCGUCGCCAACCCAUACAAACCGCCCAAGGUGUGCCACAUCCUUUAUAAGAACAAGGACGGUUGGUCAAGCUCCUCGAGACGUUGCGGGCGAGCAGGCCGGUUCCGCUUUGCGCAGGACAAGAGCACCGUGAUCGGGAAGCUGCAGUCGCUGGAGCCGCCGCCGAAGGUGGCGCCUGGCGGCGGUGGCGGUUCGGCGCCUGGGAGAAGCCAGCGCCGACGCCGUGCCCGGCGCGGGCGCGCCCAGGAGCGCCGGCGAGGCCUCCGUGGGUGGCGGCAGCGCGGGCUGCCGGGCGAAGUGACCGCCGGCGAGCGAGAGGUCGAGACGCCUGGGGCUCCCACUGUCUAGGAUCGCAGUGGCGAAUUAAUACGGAGCGCGCGUAGGCAACACUUGAGGGAUAUAGUGUUUCCAGCAUUGGAACGGAAUGAAGGAGGCGCCAGGGAAGAGGGCGGGGACGAGUUGCAUGCUUGUUAUUCGCCUCGUUCCAAGCAGUCCCUACACCAGCGCCAGUCCUACAGUUUUCCGGCGGCUCCUGCCAUUGUUGUGGGACCCAGGCGAUAUGGUCAGGAACGGUUAGGACAAUUUGCGAUGACAGCGAACAUGUGGCCACCGGUUCUGUUCUAUUUGUAAGAAUUGGUGCUAUCCUGCUCGAUGACGAGUGCGAGCCGCGCAACUCCGCACGCGCGCACGGCAGCGCGAAACGUGCGCGCGAAAAGUGCGGCGACGAGCACGUCGGCCACGGCGAGUCCGAAGGCAGCGAACGCGCCGAGGGCGCAGGGGCGCGCACGGCGUUGCGCGCGCGUCUCUGCCCAGGCGGGCGCGCCCGACUCGCUGGCCCGUGCCUCUCCCAGGCCACCAGCAUCUUGUGCCCAGCUCGUCGAGCGCACCGGCCGCCGUCUCACAGCUUUGCGCACUCGGCAGCCCUUGCCGGUUCCCUGGCUCAGCGGGCCAAGAGACCACUGCAUAGCCGGGGUGGCUUCUCGGCCGUCCGCCUGCUCAACACCGCCCGCCUGCUCAACAUCGCAUUGGCGUGCGUGUGGCGCUGCCUGCCCGACUCGCCGCCUCCGCCGCCGUCGCCUGCGCGAACGACGG